CUGAUGAUGGAUGUUCCGAGAGUCGAGCCGCAAGUGCUGCUGGCAGUGCAGUGCUCUGCAUGAAGUCUGGACUCUGCAGCCUUGUGCACUGUGCCGCGGCGGAACGAAACAUGGCGCGACUGGACGCGUCACGCAAGCCCUGACGAUUCAUACUAGGUACCUCCCUACUAGCUAGUACGGUACUACCUAGUUUCUUUACUCCCUCGGUCCCUGACUCCUGAGGAUCUUGGCCAGGAGCUCCCGGGCCCUAUUGGAUGAGCCUUAGGGCGCCAACAGUAUAGAAGGGAGUUUGUGACGGAAGGCAGGCAGGCAACAGGAAAGGCGUUUUUCUGUUCUUGUCUCCUUCAGCAGGCCCAAGCAAAUGGCGGCGCGCACUGUGGUUUGAGCACUCCGUAACUGAUCGGAUCUCGUGUGGCCUGCACACUGUUCGAGCCUAACUUUUUUUUUUUGAGUGUAUAACCUGAGCAUACCGAGCUCAUCAGCUGGAGCAUCGGGACUGCUAUACGCGUUACCGCGACUGUUCGAGCCUAACAGGUCAAAGUCACCUAGCAUAACCAGGUUUCCUUUCUGCGAAUCCAUCCUAUAGAGCACACACUCAGAAAGCUGUAAUGGCAAAGUUUGCACACCCGCUGGACCCACUAUCUUUUGCUGAGAUUCAGGCCACCGCCGCAGCGGUGCGCACCGCAGUGCUGGAGAAGGGGCUCGAAAACCUGCGCUUCAACACGAUCACCCUCAAGGAGCCUGCAAAGAAGGAGCUGGUCUCUUACGAGGCCAACGAGGAUUCUGUGCCACCCCGCUGCGCGUUUGCCAUCAUCCAAUGCUGGCCCAAACUGCCCCUUGUGGAAGUCAUUGUGGACUUGAGCAGCUCGCCACCUUCCGUCUCCAGUUGGGACGAGAAGCAAGACGCCGAACCCUUGGCCUCCCCUGACGACUGCGAGCUGGCGGAAGCAAUCACCAAGGCCGAUGCUGAAGUACAAGCCCUACUCAAGGAGCGGAACAUCACGCAAUUGGACCUUGUGGCUUGCGAUCCAUGGAGUGUAAACGAUGCGCCCAGCGGUCUCGGGCGCGUCAUCCAGCUGUUCAUGUACGUGAGAACCCACCCGGACGAUAACCACUACGCCCACCCACUGGAUUUCGUCCCGGUUGCAGACCUGAAUCUGAAGAAGAUUGUGCGCAUUGACAAGCAAUACGAGGCUCCGCCCCACAUCCCUGACCGCAACGUCAACUACCACCGCAACCUGAUGGAAAAGGAAUGGCGGACGGAUUUGAAGCCUUUGAACAUCGUGCAACCGGAGGGGCCCAGCUUCACGGUGGAGGGCAAUCUGAUCAAGUGGCAAAAGUGGCACAUCCGCGUCUCGUUCAACUCCCGAGAGGGGCUAGUCCUUCAUAACGUCGGGUAUGAAGAUAACGGGAAGGUCAGGCCGAUCGUCCACCGCGCCUCGCUCGUGGAGAUGGCGGUGCCAUACGCCGACACAAACCCGCCGUUCCACCGCAAGUGCGCGUUCGACGUCGGUGACUACGGGCUGGGCUUCUGCGCCAACAGUCUGGAGUUGGGCUGCGAUUGCGUCGGCAACAUCUUCUACUUUGACGGGCUGAUGAACGACAGCAAAGGAGAACCGUGGGAAGUAAAGAAGGCGGUGUGCGUGCACGAGGAGGACGUGGGUUUGUUAUGGAAGCACAUGGAGUACCGCAACGGACACUCCGAGAGUCGCCGCUCUCGGCGGCUCGUCCUGUCUUUCACCAGCACUGUCGUUAACUACGAGUACAACUUCAACUGGUAUUUCCAGCAAGACGGCACCAUCGAGUUCGAGAUCAAACUGACGGGCGAACUGAGCACUAACCUGCUCAGCCCCGGCGAAGAUGACCCGGAGUUCGGCACUCUAGUUGCCCCGGGCGUAAACGCCCAGCACCAUCAGCACAUGUUUUGCGCCCGGUUGGACAUGGCGGUGGACGAUCCCGACGGCGGCGCGGCCCUCGUUGUGUCUGAGCAAGACUUUGUGCCCUUGCCGCUCGGUCCCAAAAAUCCCCACGGAAACGGAUUCCGGGCCGUAGAAACGGACCUGACCAGCGAGCUCAAAGCCAUGCGCUGCGCGGAUCCCUUCAAGGGCCGCGUCUGGAAGAUCAAGAACCCCGACUCGAUCCACCCUAUCACAGGCAAGCCGGUGGCAUAUAAGCUGGUGGGCACGCCCAAUCCGUUUGUGUUUGCGGACCCGCAAAGCACGAUUGGCCAGCGCGCGCAGUUCGCGAUGAAGAACCUGUGGGUCACGCCGUACAACGACCGGGAACGCUACCCCGCGGGCGACUACACCAUCGGUUCGAAAGGGAACGUUGGGCUUUCGGAGUGGGUCAAGCAGGACCGCCCGAUUGCCGGCCACGACCCGGUGAUCUGGCACUGCUUCGGCAUCUCGCACGCGACACGUGUCGAGGACUUCCCCGUGAUGCCCGUGGAGCACGUGGGCUUCAAACUGAAGGCGGCCAACUUCUUCGACGGCAAUCCUGGCGUGGACGUUCCACCGACCGUGAACGGGAGUAGCAAGCUAUUUGCCGGUCCUACGAUGAAUGGAACUAGCAAGCCCGGCGCAACCCCCGCCAUGAAUGGUACUAACGGGACCUCUUGUCAUUGAGCGCCGUUACCCGCCAGGAGUUGGUCGAUUAUGCGCACGAAAGGCUGGAAGGACGUGCCCUUAAUCGAAGUACGGAUCAGGGUUUUUUGAAAGCAAAUCGUCAGCGGUCACGUAGAACGCGUUGCCGAAGCUCAUCCGGUGAGUCAACGGUCUUGCCCGACCGUCUUCGUUGACAUAGAUUAUGUACAUUAUGUAAUUAGAUCCAACAGUGUUGACCAAGUCAGAAUCAAGUGAUUCAAAUGAGUAGCAUCUUCCAGUCAACUUUCAUUUGCCUCGGUGGAGUCUGCACCGUCCACGUUAUGCUUGUGAUUGCGUCUUGACAAGCACAAUAUGAGAUCUUGAAGCAAGGAUCGCGCCCCAGAGCAAUCAAAAAGUGAGGACUAAGGAGCGUGUACACUAUAGGCCACGGUUAGGUAUAGUAUUCGGACUCAGCGUAUCAUUGGAGCUCCGGCCCGGCUUGUCAUUUUCGCUUUGCAAAGCGAAUAUGACAUGUACGUCGCAGUGCAUCGUUAUCUUAAUCCGUCUCCGCCAGUCCCUCGG